ACCUCUGCCUUGUUGCUUUUCACUUAUAAUUAACAACUUUCAUCAUCUUCACGUGCUUUAGGCUUCAUAAACCAGUGAGCUAGAAGUGCACUUUGCAGAUCCCUCAUCACUUCUCUUUGAUGGAUCUAGACUUUGAAUAUCAAGAGGAAUAUUGGAAGAAUUCAAGGGGAGUGCAACUCUUCACUUGCAAAUGGGUGCCUUUCUCUUCUCCAAGGGCCCUCGUUUUCCUCUGCCAUGGUUAUGGCAUGGAGUGCAGUCGUUUCAUGAGAGAAUGUGGGGUACGGCUAGCGUGUGCCAAAUAUGCUGUGUUCGGAAUCGAUUAUGAAGGGCAUGGAGGUUCUGAAGGAGCUCGUUGUUACAUUAAGAAGUUUGAUAACAUCGUUAACGAUUGUUAUGACUUUUUCAAGUCAGUUAGCGAGCUCCCAGAGUACAAGGGAAAGGGUAGGUUCUUGUAUGGAGAGUCCAUGGGAGGGGCAGUGAGCCUACUUUUACAUAGAAAGGACCCUUCAUUCUGGGACGGUGCGGUUCUCAUCGCCCCCAUGUGUAAGAUAUCAGAGAAGGUGAAGCCACACCCGGUGGUGGUCAACAUAUUGACUAAAGUGGAAGACAUAAUCCCAAAGUGGAAGAUUGUUCCCACAAAGGAUGUCAUCAAUUCAGCCUUCAAAGACCCUGCCAAACGCGAAAGGAUAAGAAAAAACAAGUUGAUAUACCAGGACAAACCCAGGUUAAAAACAGCAUUAGAAAUGUUGAGAAUCAGCAUUAGCCUUGAAGACAGCUUAUAUAAGGUGACUCUGCCGUUUUUUGUAUUGCAUGGAGAAGCAGACACAGUGACUGACCCAGAAGUAAGCAGGGCAUUAUAUGAGCGAGCAAGUAGCAAAGAUAAGACCAUAAAAUUGUACCCGGGAAUGUGGCAUGGCUUAACUUCGGGGGAAACGGAUGACAACAUCGAAAAAGUCUUUGCAGAUAUUAUAAUGUGGCUAGACAUGCACACGAGCAAUGCCACUUGUGAGUCCCCAAAACAAUUUGAGACUACUUAUAACUAUGGCAUUGAGAGAUUGACCACAGUUGCAUCACAAGCAAAGAUUCUGCAGCAACAAAGGAAGGGGCGAAGAAGCUAUCUGUGUGGGUUGAAAAGAAGCCGUUUGCAACACCACUCUGCAAUUUAGAUUGUUAUCCAAGGGACUGUGACUAUGUACCUAUAUAAUGUUUUAUUAUGACCAUCUUCCCCAUGGUUUCAUAAUUGAUAGGAGUCUAAAUUGUUUACAAAAGUAAAGCGAAAUGUGGCAAUGCUCCAAAUAGCGUCGUUCCAGAAAUUUUUCAAAGGGAACAUCAAAAUAACAUUCGGGGAGCUGGUGUGUGGGCAACAUUGCAAAGAUUAAAACCUGGAAGAAAAUAAAUUUGAAUCAAACCAAUCUUGACUAUGCAA